AAUAAGGUCCGGUUGGGUGUGGCUAAAGUAGCUCUACGGUUUGUGUGUGGAAAAGUGUGGCUGUAAGCAGAAGAGAAGUGGGCGAGAGUCGCUAAUGAAAGAAGGUAUUUAGGGUUGGUCCUCCCUCCCCCCCUCGCAAAGAUGACCAAGCUGGGCUUCUUGCGGCUGUCCUACGAGAAGCAGGACACGCUUCUAAAGCUGCUCAUCCUCUCCAUGGCUGCCAUCCUGUCUUUCUCCACCCGGCUGUUCUCAGUGCUGAGGUUCGAGAGUGUUAUCCACGAGUUUGAUCCGUAUUUCAACUACCGUACCACCCGUUUCUUGGCGGAAGAGGGAUUCUACAAAUUCCAUAACUGGUUUGACGACCGAGCAUGGUAUCCACUGGGCAGGAUCAUUGGUGGCACAAUCUACCCUGGCCUGAUGAUCACCUCGGCGCUGCUCUACCACACACUACACUUCUUCCACAUCACCAUCGACAUCCGCAACGUCUGCGUCUUCCUGGCCCCCCUCUUCUCCUCCUUCACCGUCAUCGUCACCUACCACUUCACCAGGGAGCUGAAGGAUGCCGGGGCCGGGCUCCUCGCCGCGGCCAUGAUCGCCGUGGUACCCGGGUACAUUUCCCGCUCCGUCGCCGGCUCCUACGACAACGAGGGCAUCGCCAUCUUCUGCAUGCUCCUGACCUACUACAUGUGGAUCAAAGCGGUGAAGACCGGCUCUGUCUACUGGUCCUCCAUCUGUGCCCUGGCCUACUUCUACAUGGUGUCGUCCUGGGGUGGCUACGUGUUCCUGAUUAACCUGAUCCCGCUGCACGUGCUGGUGCUCAUGCUGACGGGACGCUUCUCCCACCGCAUCUACGUGGCCUACUGCACCGUCUACUGCCUGGGCACCGUGCUCUCCAUGCAGAUCUCCUUCGUGGGGUUCCAGCCGGUGCAGUCCUCGGAGCACAUGGCUGCGUUCGGCGUCUUCGGCCUGUGCCAGAUCCACGCCUUCGUGGACUUCCUGCGCAGCAAGCUCAACGCCCAGCAGUUUGAGGUCCUCUUCAAGAGCGUCAUCACCCUGGUGGGCUUCGCGCUGCUGUCCGUGGGGACAGUUCUCAUGCUGACUGGUAAAAUCUCUCCCUGGACGGGGCGCUUCUACUCCCUGCUGGACCCCUCCUAUGCGAAGAACAACAUCCCCAUCAUCGCCUCCGUCUCUGAGCACCAGCCCACCACCUGGUCCUCCUACUACUUUGACCUGCAGCUGCUGGUCUUCAUGUUCCCUGUGGGGCUGUACUACUGCUUCAACAACCUGUCCGACGCCAGGAUCUUCAUCAUCAUGUACGGGGUCACCAGCAUGUACUUCUCUGCAGUCAUGGUGCGUCUCAUGCUGGUCCUGGCCCCGGUCAUGUGCAUCCUGUCGGGCAUCGGUGUGUCCCAGGUGCUCACCACCUACAUGAAGAACCUGGACAUCAGCCGUCCUGACAAGAAGACCAAGAAGCAGCAGGACUCCACCUACCCCAUCAAGAACGAGGUGGCCAGCGGGAUGAUUCUCGUCAUGGCCUUCUUCCUCAUCACCUACACCUUCCACUCCACCUGGGUGACAAGCGAGGCCUACUCCUCGCCCUCCAUCGUGCUCUCCGCCCGCGGCGGCGACGGCAGCCGCAUCAUCUUCGACGAUUUCCGCGAGGCCUACUAUUGGCUGAGACACAACACCCCCGAGGACGCCAAAGUGAUGUCGUGGUGGGAUUAUGGGUAUCAGAUAACGGCCAUGGCCAAUCGGACCAUCCUGGUGGACAACAACACGUGGAACAACACCCACAUCUCCAGAGUGGGCCAGGCCAUGGCGUCCACUGAGGAGAGGGCCUAUGAGAUCAUGCGGGAGCUGGAUGUUAGCUAUGUGCUGGUGAUCUUCGGUGGACUGACGGGAUAUUCAUCAGACGACAUUAACAAGUUCCUGUGGAUGGUGCGAAUCGGAGGAAGCACGGACACCGGGCGGCAUAUCAAGGAGCACGACUACUACACGCCUACCGGAGAGUUCCGCGUGGACCGCGAGGGCUCCCCCGUGCUGCUCAACUGCCUGAUGUACAAGAUGUGCUACUACCGCUUUGGCCAGGUGUACACCGAAGCCAAGCGCCCCCCUGGCUAUGACAGGGUGAGGAAUGCUGAGAUCGGCAACAAGGACUUUGAGCUGGACGUGCUGGAGGAGGCCUACACCACAGAGCACUGGCUGGUCAGAAUAUACAAGGUGAAAGACUUGGAUAACAGAGGCCUGUCGCGAACGUAAUUUUGAUGUAAUAACGCACACACACAAGCCCCUUCAGCUCGCCGCGCUGAGCGCCUUCCCGUGCGAUACGCGACUCGAGAGAGCGAAGAAGAGCGAAGACGAUAAAUUUUUAUACUUUGGUUUGUAAUUGCUGAAAGAGAUUGGUUUCCUAUUUUUUAUUUUAUUUCCAUUUGGUGUCUAGUCUGGGAAAAGGAGAGGGAAAGUAUCACUUUGUUCAAAUCUAAUGCCAAUGAAUGGAUUUCUGCUUAAAGUGCCCAAGAGGCCAGUUUUGUCGGUUUUGGGCUGGAGUUAUGAUGUGGUCAAAUAAACCAAUGGAUUAAACUGGG